AUGACUUCCGCUAUUAUCAACCCAACUAUACAGGCCGCGGCUCUAGCCGGCCUCUCCAAUCUUUUAGCCCAGGCCAUCCAAGCGUAUCGUACCGACCAGCCGCUCUCCUUGGAUUACAGGACAUUGCUACAGUUUGUUGUCUUCUCCCUGAUUGCCACGCCGCCCAACGUCCUAUGGCAAGAAUAUCUAGAAGAAAAUUACCCAGGGGACCAGAUCGACGAGAAGGGUAUCAAAAGGCUUCACAAGCACAACACCGCCGUCAAGUUUGUGUUGGAUCAAACCGUAGGGGCCAUCGUGAACAGCCUUCUCUUUGUUGUGGGCAUUGGCGCCCUAAAGGGAAAAGAUUCUUCAACAAUUUGGGAUGAUUGUCAACGAGUAGGUUAUCCAUGCUGUGCUCAUUACGAUUUAAAAAUUGUUGGUCCCUAA